AUGUGCACGACCCGCAAAAUAACAACGUGUGUCCACCUGCGAGUACCGCCGAAUACUCCAGCAUCGGGUUGUGUCUUCACCACUGGUACUGCUUCUCCCAUGUCGCCCACUUCGCCCGUCGUAGAGAACGUCCAGCUCCGGACGGCGACGCCCGUGCACUUGCAGCGACGGCAACUUGCGGCGCUCAACAACCCGGACGACGACGACUCUGCCUCGUCCUCGUCUUCCUCCGAAUCCGACCGUGACUCUGCCUUCCACUCUUCGCCCUACACCUACCAAUCGACACAUCGGACAACGACGACCUCGUCCCAUCCGCACCGCCACCAUUCGUCGUCCCUCUACCCUCCGACGAUCUCUGCCAUCCCGCCUUACCUCGCCGAUCACAGCCGAACAUCCAUCGACGCCGGCCCGUCCUCCCUCUCUGUCCCACACGCGCCCGACUCCAGCCGAAGACCAAGCGGCUCAGCCUCGCUCUACAACGGAGCCUCUGCUUCGAGCGCGGCAUACGACCGCAUCGGCCCGGGCUACGGCUCGCGCGUCACGUCAUCAAAGCUGAGAUCAGUCUCCACGCCCGUCCGCCAGCACCCGACGACCGCCUCGUACCAGCCUCCCGCACCUGCUUUCAACCCGAACGACCCGCUGCGACUACCCACUCUCGGCACCUCCACCGUUUCAGGCGGCGACGCCUCUUUCAUCCAAGAGGCACGCCUCGUCGUCCACCCGCCCGCCAAGAUGGACGGGUCGGCGAUGGUUGCGGGCAUGCACGGCAUGCAGAGGAGCUUUGAUGCGUUCAAGCUCGACACGAGGUUCGCGGCGCACAAGGUCGGGAAGAAGAUUAGUCGCAAGUUGAACUCGUUCCUGUAG